AUGCGCCUAACGACCGCCAUCGCUCUCUUGGCGACGUUCACCUCUGAUGGCGCCGCUCAGUUCGUAUCCCAGGACGCCAGGGCGCAGAACCUGACCGUGGUGCGCUCGCCUGGCAAUGCCAACGUCACGGUUUCGUACAAGCAGCCCAACGGCGUCUGCAAGACGGCAUUUGACAGACAAAAACAAUACACGGGUUGGGUCAACGUUCCCGGCGACUACCCCACGAAUCUCUUCUUUUGGUUUGUCGAGGCUCGUAACCCGACGGAAAAUCUGACGGUUUGGCUCAAUGGCGGCCCUGGCUCAAGCUCCAUGUAUGGCUUCUUCACAGGAAAUGGACCGUGCGCGGUGAUUGAGAAGGGCUUGAACAAGUAUGACACUGUUGCGAGGGAAUGGGGCUGGGACCGCGCCUCCAACAUGCUCUUCAUCGACCAGCCCAACCAAGUCGGCCUUUCCUACGACCAGCCUACGAACGGCACCAUAUCAAUGCUCAACGGAUCGAUUGCCGAGCCACCGGUUCCUCAGCAUGACUCUCCACCCGAUUGGGACUUGGUCAACGGCACAUUUAGCACGAACAACGCCAACUCCACCGUCAACACGACACAAGUCGCGGCGAUGGCGACAUGGCAUGUCCUACAAGGCUUUCUUAACACCUUCCCGCGGAAUCGGACACGAUCUAGCGGUUCGGUGUCAGUCAGCCUCUUCGCAGAGAGCUACGGAGGCACGUAUGGGCCAAUUUUCGCGGAAACAUGGGAGGCACAAAAUCAGAAACGGCUAAUGGGCACCUUGAGUCGGAACUCGACGCUUGAGGUUCGUCUGAAGUCGUUGGGGAUCGUCAACGGGUGUAUCGACAGGGUCAUCGAAGCACCCAUGUACAUCAACUUUGCCAACAACAACACAUACGGAGUCAAAGCAUACACCGACCAGCAGGCCAAAUUCUACCUGGACAAGUUUGCGGGACCAGGGGGCUGCAAGGAACUCGGAGCGCAAUGCCAGGUCGCGGCCGCUGGCCAGGAUCCCACAGGGGCGGGCGACCAAGAGAUCGUCAACGACCUGUGCUCUCGAGCGGCGGAGUCGUGCACAGAAUUUGAGAACCUAUUUUUCGACUCGGACAGGGGCGCGUACGAUCUCGCAGCUCCGUCGGCGGAUCCGUUCCCACCAAUGUAUUUCGUCGACUAUCUCAACCAGGAGAGCGUCCAGCGCGCAAUCGGCUCGCCCAUCAACUACACCUCGGCCAGCGACAGCGUCUUCAAGAACUUUGGCAGGACAGGCGAUGUUGCUCGGGGUGGUAAUAUCGGACGCUUGGCGAAGCUUGUCCAGGACGGGGUGCGCGUGGGCCUUAUCUACGGCGACCGCGACUACAUCUGCAAUUGGUUCGGCGGCGAGGCCGUAUCGCUGAGCAUCGCGCAGCAGGCCGGAGGCGAGUACGCUACCAAAUUCCCGGCCGCGGGCUACGCUCCCAUCAUCGUCAACGACUCGUACGUCGGCGGCGAGGUGCGCCAGUUUGGCAACCUAUCGUUCAGUCGCGUCUACCAAGCUGGCCACGCUGUUGCGGCGUACCAGCCCGAGACGGCGUUUCAAGUCUUUGCGCGAAUCCUCCUGGGCACGUCGGUGUCAACAGGCAAGGAUAUAAACCUGAGCACCUAUAAUACGACGGGUCCGUUGAACUCGACCAAGACAGAGAAGCUGCCGGACAAGUCCAAGCCAACGUGCUUCGUCCGUUCUUUUGAGUCGACAUGCGACAAGGAUGCCCAGAACCUGGCUGUGAGCGGCAACGGCGUGGUCAUCAACGGAAUACUGUAUAGCAAAUCAGAGGACUGGCCCUUGGCCACGCAGACGCCCACGUCUACGACCAAAUCGUCCGCUUCGGAGACCAUGACGGGCGUCUUCACCGCGACGAAGACGCCAACACCGACAAACGCCGCGGGGGCGCUUUUCAGCUCUAAUUUUCCAGUAUGGGAGAUUUGCGCCUCGCUGUUGGCGUUGCAUGCGUUUCUUGGUCUAAUAUAG